GAUCCAGCCCAAGUAAUAAAGUCCAGUUACAUUGCAUGCAUCUUUAUUUGUCCUGUAAUGGACAAAUAAGUACAUGGAAUUUAUAGUAUGGUUUCCUGACGGAAAUACGUUUUUUCUUGGAAGAUUCUAAAAAUACACAGUUGAAUUUUAUCUGCAGGUCACGUACAAGUUUAAUGUGCAGUCAUAAGAAAAUAUUUCUUUUUAACACAUUUGGACAAGCAGACAGAUUCUCCUUUAGAUUGUGUCUACGGACAGAGGCAAUUGUUACUGAAAUUACCUCUUGUGAGUGUUUUUUGUUUUGCAUAAUUCACAUUAUUCAAAUCUGAACUUCUACUUUGCCUUUCUCCAAGCCUCCAUUCCUUGUUUUUGAGCCACUCCUUGUUAGAUCUGCUCUGUGCUGGCUGAGUUACGUCCUGUUUAAAGAUUUACUUCUGGGUUAAAGUUCAACUUUCAAAUGGAAGACCUUGUGUGUUUUUUAAGUGCACCUAUAUUAUGCAGAGUUCAAAGUUUUGCCAAAGAUUAGAAAACAAAACAUAAGUAUUCAAGAUUGACACAUUUGUUUUGAGGUCCUUCUUGAAAAGGUGCUUUUACUUUGCACCUUUAUACUAAUCCUUUCGCUGCAUAUCGGUAAGCUCCGGUUCUGUCCAAUGAUCUUGGAGCAUAAAGCAUACCUUGUUUCUCCUGAUCAUGCAUCGUUUAAACUUUAACAGCAACAGAUGCCUGAGAAAUUGUGUUCUCAGGCACAUGUCACUAACAAAAGCAUCAGUAAUUCAACUUUAUGUUGAUCAUCUUUUAUUAAAUGAUGUUUUAAAUUGUUUGCUUGUCCAAAUGUUUUAGAAAAAGUCAUCAAUUUGCAUGUCGUAAGUACAUUGUUCAAGGAAAUUCCUGGAAAAGGGAAGCUAUUAAAAAGUAUUAGUAUAAAUCAGAGAUGUUUAAAGUGCGUGCGAACAGUUUUCAGCAGCUCUGCUGAAAUCUGUCUGUAUGAGGCUGUUUGUCAAGAUGUGAUGAAAGAUUGAGGUACAAACAAAAAAGACAUCACUGCUUUGUUCAUCUCUGUUUCAGAUUGUAGAGGUCACAGUAUGAUGCAAGAAGAUCCCUCCACACUAUUUGCUGUUCUUUCUUAAGUUGACUAAUAUUCUGAGACACUUACAGUAUAAGUACAUUAUAAAGACUUAAAAAAAUAAUUGUAUUGAACUACUUCUGAUACUGUCAUUUUUUUCCAAAUAAAUGAUUUUCUUUGAUAUUUUGUUUACAUGUUUUUUGCUUUAAAAAUGAUUAAGUACAACUUCAUCCACGCUUCACUGUGAGCCUGAUGUGCUUCUGGUUUCAGAUCAAUAUAACAUUUUUGUGAUGUUAUUUUAACUCCCUUGACGUUACUGAGAGGGUGGGGACGGCAGGGAGGUCUUAUCCUGCAACGCUAUCAGUGGCUUGCAGAUGCCUCCACUUGUGUGUGUGUAUAUUUUUCAUGGACUUUUUGGUAUUGUGUAUUUUUCACACACAUUGCUUCACUCCUCCUGUUAAAACAGAAUAACCAAACAUCUCAAGCCUGCGUUGUACUAUUUGAAGUACAUAACUGUAUUAAAGACGUGAGUUUUCUCCACUAUGUUCGCCUACAUCUUUGUGAUCAUUCUGGGGUUGUGCUACUGCAACACAGAGAACAGUCAGUUAUCUCUGGAUCGUCCACGACUUUACGGCCCCUCAGAGGGUUUGGAAAAAAAAGCCGUAGACUUCAGAUGUGAACUUCCGAACCACCCGGUGAAUCAGUCGAUCCUGUACCAGUUAUUCAGGAAUGAUGAUCGUGAAGAUGUGUUGGGUGUUUACUCUUCCCUGGGUGGAGAGGUGGCCACUUUUCCCAGGAUGAUCAAACGUGUGCAUGAGGGGGACCUGGUGUGUGUGGUCAGUGUCCAAAACAACACUGAAGUCAAUCCAACUGUCAGUCAAACCCACUCCUUCAAGGUUAUUGUGCCAGUAAAAGGUGCAGCAAUUGUACACUCAGGUCCAACGGAGAUCAAUGAAGGGAAUAAACUUGAGCUACGAUGUCAACUUCAAGAUGGAACUCAUGUGUCGUAUAAUUGGCUGCUCAAUGGAAAGCUCAUCUCUCCAUCUCCUGUCCACCUGGUUGAAGAUAACCGUUUUAUGAUCAGUGGAGUCACCUCUGAAGACAGCGGAUCCUACAGGUGUAUGGCUGUCAACAUCUUCAACAAAACAAAGGUGUUCACCUCCAACAGCUCCGAAGUUCAUAUCAAUGUCAAAGAAUCUGUGUCAGAACCUGACAUAUCAUUCACCGUGUUAAAGGAGGGUUACCAAAAUUAUUCUGCAAUGGUCACCUGUCAGUCAAUGAGAGGAGCUCCUCCUAUCACCUUUUCUCUCUACAACACCAUGGGACUGGUCAGCAACGUGACGACUGCAGAGAGGCACGCCAACUUCAAGAUUCCACUGAUCAUGGACCGGCUCAUGGGAACUUUCCACUGCCAAGCAAACAAUAGCGCAAAUACUGCUUCCAGCCAGCAUUUGCCCAUAAAAGUUGUCCCAGUCGGUGGACCUGUGGAGAUGCAUUACAACUACGACAUGGCAGAAAACUAUGCUGUUAUUGGCCUACGGUUCUACUGCAAAGCAGCAACUGGAUCUCAUCCACACGUCAAAUGGUAUCUCAACUCAACUGUCCUCCUAAGGGAGCGAGGAAGCUUCUACUAUGUUUUCAACCAGCUUCCAGAUCAGUCCGUACUCUUGCUGUCUGUGAGAAGUGACAGCGCUGGAACGUACCACUGCGAGGUGUCGGACAGCUUUGACAACUCCACUGCCAUAAGCAGUAAAAGGCUGUAUUUGGAUAAGGAAGUACUGAACCGCAUUCCCAUGUUCGUGCAGGCAGUUGUCUUUGGAUGUUUCGCAGUCAUGGUUCUCAUGGUGACCUCUUGUUGUAUUAUUGGAGUGAUCUACAGGCGGAGAGAGUAUGGAGAGCAGUCUCUAUUGAGCCUGGAGAUGGUCAAAGGAGUUGCUGCAUAUGAAGAUGACCUGAGCCUGUCACUGUACAGUGAGGGUAAUGAUGAGCUGAAGAUCAGAGAGGAUGAAUUUGAUCAGGCUUCUGAUGCAUCUCUGAGUGAAUGGCACAUUUAACAAGAAGAAGAUGCUGGAGGAACAAUGUUAAUGCAAAAUAGGAAAAAAGUUGGUUAAUAAACAUUUUC